UCAGCUUCAGACUGAUUUGCAUAUUUCUCAGCCUGGCUACUGUUACUGAGUUCUGUCUAAAGGAGAAGUGGUGAAUCUCUAAUAUGAGCUAAAUUGUGUCGUUUUCACACACAGUUCUCCCUCCGUUCAGUGUAGAAGCGUCAGCUUGAGCUCUGUCUUCAACUCUCUUCUCUGGUGAAUGUAAAUGAUGGAAACACUGGUGACGUUCCUCCUCACUGGAUCUCUGAUACAAGGUGUUUUGUGUGGCUUUAAUAUCAAUCUGCUGAAUAAAGUAGAAGCUCUGAACGGAUCCUGUGUUUUCAUCCCCUGCACAUUUGAUAUUGAUCAACGAUAUGAAGCUGACCUCACUAACGGUGCAAAGAGAAUGUGGUAUAAAGUCAGAAACCCUCACGUUAUAGUGUUUGACUCCAGCAGCCCCAACACUGGACUGUUAAAAGGAGAAAUAUUUGGCACUGCUACACAGAAAAACUGCACCACACGCUUCGAUAAUGUUGAUCAGAGUCAUGAUGGGUCAUAUUACUUCAGAAUAGAAACCAAUGGUGGAUUGAAAUUUAACUACAGAGGACCUACAUACUCUCAAGUUAAAAUUGUUGUCUUAGGAUCUCCCCCCAAACCUACACUGAGUUUCUUUAAGGAUCAGCAGAAGGUGAUGAAGAAGAAGGUGGAGGUGAUUGAGGGAAGUUCAGUGAGUCUGCGCUGCUCUACUAAGAUCUUCUGUCCGUCUCGUCCAUCAUCUCUCACAUGGAGCUCGUCUCUCAUCGAGAGCGUCACAGGACGACAGUAUCAGAACCAAACUGAUCUCAUCUCUGAUCUGAACUUCACUGUUUCUUACCGUCAUCACAGAGUCAAUUUCACCUGCACUGCAACACACCAGAUACAGCAGCAGAACACAACACAAGAGUCUCGUCUGCUACACGUUCAGUAUGCUCCUAAAAACACAUCGGUGAGGAUUAAUCCAGCUGGUUUAGUUCUGGAGGGUCGUUCAGUGACUCUGAUCUGCAGCAGUGAUGCAAACCCAGCAGCGAAGUACACCUGGUACAGAGACACUGAGAGACCUCUGAAUCCAGUUCAGACCGGACCAAACCUGACCGUCAACAACACCGACCCGACACACAGCGGACAAUACUACUGUACAGCUAAGAACAAACACGGCACACAGACCUCAUCAGUGCUGCUGGACGUCCAGUAUGCACCUAAAAACACAUCUGUGAGGAUAAAUCCAACUAGUUUAGUUCUGGAGGGUCGUUCAGUGACUCUGAUCUGCAGCAGUGAUGCAAACCCAGCAGUGAACUACACCUGGUACAGAGACACUGAGAGACCUCUGAAUCCAGUUCAGACCGGACCAAACCUGACCAUCAACAACACCGACCCGACACACAGCGGACGAUACUACUGUACAGCUGAGAACAAACACGGCACACAGAACUCAUCAGUGCUGCUGGACGUCCAGUAUGCUCCUAAAAACACAUCUGUGAGGAUAAAUCCAGCUGGUUUAGUUCUGGAGGGUCGUUCAGUGACUCUGAUCUGCAGCAGUGAUGCAAACCCAGCAGUGAACUACACCUGGUACAGAGACACUGAGAGACCUCUGAAUCCAGUUCAGACCGGACCAAACCUGACCAUCAACAACACCGACCCGACACACAGCGGACGAUACUACUGUACAGCUGAGAACAAACACGGCACACAGAACUCAUCAGUGCUGCUGGACGUCCAGUAUGCUCCUAAAAACACAUCUGUGAGGAUAAAUCCAGCUGGUUUAGUUCUGGAGGGUCGUUCAGUGACUCUGAUCUGCAGCAGUGAUGCAAACCCAGCAGUGAACUACACCUGGUACAGAGACACUGAGAGACCUCUGAAUCCAGUUCAGACCGGACCAAACCUGACUGUCAACAACACCGACCCGACACACAGCGGACGAUACUACUGUACAGCUGAGAACAAACACGGCACACAGAACUCAUCAGUGCUGCUGGACGUCCAGUAUGCUCCUAAAAACACGUUGGUGAGGAUAAAUCCAGCUGGUUUAGUUCUGGAGGGUCGUUCAGUGACUCUGAUCUGCAGCAGUGAUGCAAACCCAGCAGUGAACUACACCUGGUACAGAGACACUGAGAGACCUCUGAAUCCAGUUCAGACCGGACCCAACCUGACCAUCAACAACACCAACCUGACACACAGUGGACGAUACUACUGUACAGCUGAGAACAAACACGGCACACAGAACUCAUCAGUGCUGCUGGACGUCCAGUAUGCUCCUAAAAACACAUCUGUGAGGAUAAAUCCAGCUGGUUUAGUUCUGGAGGGUCGUUCAGUGACUCUGAUCUGCAGCAGUGAUGCAAACCCAGCAGUGAACUACACCUGGUACAGAGAGACAGGGUCUCAGUUUGAGCUCCUCCAGACUGGAUAUAAUCACACCUACAUUGUGACAAACCCUACACACGGAGCAUGGUAUGGCUGUAAAGCUCAAAACCAGCAUGGCCUCUGCAAUGCUAAAAUUCAGCUGGAUGUUCAGUUUGCACCCAAUAUCUCCAUCUCUUGCAGUCGAAGCAGUGUAACAGAGUGUGUGUGUGAGGCUCAUGGGAAUCCCUGUCCUACACUAGAGUGGCGUCUGUCUGGACGUGUGAUCACUAACUCUACAGAAACCUCCAUCAGUGAGGAGACGUUAGGAAGCACAGGAGUGAAGAGCGUCCUGAACAUCCAUCAGUCCCUCACAGACACGGACGUCCUGCAGUGUUUCAGCACAAACAAAUACGGCAGCGCCAGUCAACAGUUUCAGGACGUCCUGGACUAUUACUGUAUGAUUUUAAGAGUAUAAAGCAUAAAACAGGGUCAUUAUACUUAUAAAAAUUAUAUGAAUACAACUUUUUUUUGGUUCUUAAACGUAUUAAUAAAAUUAAUUCUAUAGC